AAGGCUGCUCUACAUAGAUACACAGACAUGACUUCUGUUCUGCAGCCCCGAGAAUGUAAAGUGACCAAAAAGCCCCAAAAGACCUAUGGAUUCUACCUGCGCAUUGAGAAAGACACAGCAGGGCAUAUCAUCCGGAAUGUGCAACAGAACAGUCCAGCUGAAAAGGCUGGGUUGAAGGAUGGAGACAGAGUUCUCAGGGUUAAUGGUGUGUUUGUAGACAAGGAGGAACAUACACAGGUCGUGGAGAUUGUCAAGAACAGUGGGAAUUCUGUUGUACUUCUUGUUCUGGAUGAUGCAUCCUAUCAAAAGGCACAAAAGGAGGAAGUGAACUUGGAAGAGCUGGGUCAAAAUGUGUCAGCAGGGCAGGAGCAGCAGUCCCAAUUGACCAUGGCCAAGAGAGGAGCCACUGCAGUUCCACAACCACGGCUCUGCUACCUAGUGAAGGAGGAGAAAGGCUAUGGCUUCUCUCUGAAAACCACAGAAGGGCAGAAGGGGCUGUUCAUAGUAGAGCUUUCAUCACAAGGAGCAGCUGCAAAGGCUGGUGUCCAAAAUAACGAUCGCCUGAUUGAAAUCAAUGGGAAAAACGUGGAAAAUGAUACACAUGAGGAAGUGGUGGAAAAGGUAAAGAAGUCUGAAAAUCAUGUUAUGUUUCUACUUUCAAAUGAAGAAACAGACCACUAUUUCACAAGCCAGAAGAUGAUAUUGAGCAAAGAGAGUGCCAGCCUAAGAUUGCUUCCCCUCAAACCACGACUUAUUGAGAUCCAGAAAGGAAAAAGCGGUUACGGAUUUUAUCUACGGAUGGAACAGAAUACUGGUGCUCACAUAAUCAAGGAUGUUGAUUCCGGGAGCCCAGCAGCCAUGGCAGGUCUCAAAGAUGACGACAUCUUAGUAGCUGUCAAUGGCGAGCAAGUGGAUGGUCUGGAUCAUGAAAGCAUAGUGGGGAAAAUUAAGCAGUCCGAGACAAAAACCACACUGUUGGUAGUGGAUAAGGAAACUGAUGCCAUGUAUAAACUGGCUCAAAUUUCCCCCUUCUCAUACUACUACAAAGCACAAGAUUCAACUCCAGCUAAAUGCGCUCAAAUCUGCAAGAUGGUGAAAGGGCCCAGUGGAUUUGGCUUCAGUUUAAACAUGAUCAAGAACAAGCCUGGACUGUUCAUCAAUGAGGUACAAAACCAGGGGCCAGCUGACAGAGCAGGUGUAGAAAACAACGACUUUUUGGUGGAAGUGAACGGAGUGAACGUGAGCAAUGAAACCUACGAAAAAGUGGUGGCAAGAAUCCAAAAUAGUGGUGACAGACUAACACUACUGGUGUGUAGUAAAGAUGCUUACAGAUACUUCCAGAGCCAGAACAUUCCCAUCACAGCCUCAAUGGCAGAUCCAAUCCAUGACACUUCUGAACCUCCUGUUUAUACAGAAAACCAUCCAUCAGAGCCAGAGAGGAACUCACCUGAACCAAGAGAAAGGGCAAGCUCAUCCUCCUCUUCACAAUCAGCUGCCUCCACAAGUGCUGACGGUUACAACAGUGAUGACACAAAGUUGUGA